AUGGUUAGAUAUGUUAAUUCACAUACAUUUCCUGAUUCACAAUUGAAAGAUUAUACAAAACAAAUCACAAAAAUUUUAAUUAUUUUGGCAUUUAUUCCUCUAACAAUUCUUAUUGCAACAUCUUCUUUUGUUUUUCUAGGCUCUACAAACAACACAAAUUGUAACAAAAUAAAUUAUGAAUUUAAUUUAAAUCAAUUUAAUUCACAAUAUUUAUUUAAUUUUUUAAUUCAUUUAGUCCCUGUUAUUAAUCCUGUUGUUUGUAUUUUAACAAAUAAGCCAUAUAGAGUAUUUGUUUUAAGUCGUUUAAAUAAAAUUGCACCAACUUUGUAA